GCUUUUUUUGUGCAGACCCUGACAGGUUAAGCCAAGUCAACCAAGCACAACUCCAUGUUCCUCCCACAAAAUCCAGUCCCCAAAUCUCGAAACCCUCGAUCCGAUCGCUCGGAACUUCGUCUUCUUCAACUCGUAUGCCCUACCAAACUCUCUGAAAACUUUCAGACAUGGGUUGCUUCAGCAGCAAACACCGGAGAGCUCAAGCGGGCAACAAUGGCGGACAGGGGUCAGUUCCGGCCAACCCAACGCAAUCCCAUGUCGUCCAUCACGUCCCCGAGCCUCGGAAACCGUCCAUUCAUCAGAAUCACCAGGCGCAGCAGACGAAAUCUCAGCCGAAUCCCACGAAUCACCCAACCCCUCAUCAGGCUCCGACACCGUCGAAGCCCGUCGCUGUCCGAGAACCAGAAACCAUACUGGGGAAGCCCUUCGAAGACAUCAGGAAGUUCUACACCCUUGGAAAAGAACUGGGUCGUGGCCAAUUCGGAAUAACAUACAGAUGCAAGGAGAAUUCCACAGGUAACACUUACGCCUGCAAAUCCAUACUCAAGCGGAAGCUAACGAGCAGACAAGACAGAGAUGAUGUGAAGAGGGAGAUUCAGAUAAUGCAGUACUUGUCAGGACAGCCCAACAUAGUAGAGAUCAAGGGCGCUUACGAGGAUCAAAGGUCCGUACACCUCGUGAUGGAACUAUGCGAAGGGGGAGAGUUGUUCGAUAGGAUCAUAGCUCAGGGGCAUUACUCGGAGAGAGCAGCGGCAGGAAUCAUUAGGUCGAUUGUGAAUGUUGUACAGAUUUGCCAUUUCAUGGGGGUGAUGCAUAGAGAUCUCAAGCCAGAGAAUUUCUUGCUCUCUAGCAAAGAUGAAAACUCUAUGCUUAAAGCUACUGAUUUCGGGUUGUCAGUCUACAUCGAAGAAGGAAAAGUAUACCGGGAUAUAGUCGGUAGCGCUUACUAUGUAGCCCCGGAGGUAUUGAGGCGCAGUUACGGGAAGGAAAUCGAUAUGUGGAGUGCAGGAGUUAUUUUGUACACUCUCCUCAGCGGUGUUCCUCCUUUCUGGGCUGAAACCGAGAAAGGGAUAUUCGACGAGAUUAUAAAAGGCGAAAUCGACUUUGAGAGCCAACCUUGGCCAUCUAUAUCCGAGAGCGCGAAAGACCUCGUCCGUAAGAUGCUCACCAAGAACCCGAAGAAACGUAUAACUGCUUCGCAGGUCCUUGAACACCCGUGGAUUAAAGGCGGAGAAGCGCCGGACAAGCCUAUUGAUAGCGCUGUCUUGUCCCGUAUGAAGCAAUUCAGAGCAAUGAACAAGCUUAAGAAACUUGCCCUCAAGGUCAUCGCGGAGAACAUGUCGGAAGAGGAAAUCAAAGGGCUUAAGACGAUGUUUGCAAACAUGGAUACCGACAAAAGUGGAACGAUCACUUAUGAAGAACUUAAAACCGGGUUGGCGAGAUUGGGAUCUAAACUCUCGGAAUCUGAGGUUAAACAACUCAUGGAAGCCGCGGAUGUAGAUGGUAAUGGAACAAUAGAUUACAUCGAGUUUAUCUCAGCAACUACGCAUAGAUACCGAAUGGAGCGAGAUGACCACUUGUACAAAGCGUUCCAAUAUUUCGACAAGGACAAUAGCGGGUAUAUCACGAGGGAUGAACUGGAGACGGCCAUGAAAGAGUAUGGUAUGGGGGAUGAAGCUAGCAUCAGAGAAGUGAUAGCAGAGGUUGAUACAGAUAAUGAUGGAAGGAUAAACUAUGAAGAAUUCUGUGCGAUGAUGAGAAGCGGGAGCACACAGCCAGAAGGGAAGCUCUUUCCGACCAAUUGAUCAAGCGGAGAACAUGAGUAUUGUCGUGCCGGAAGACGAAGAAGAUCAUCCUGGGCGAUCUGGACAUGAACUGAAGCACGUGAUCUCGCUGGUUCUUGUUCCUCUGUGUCUGAAUUUGAUGAGAGUGAGGGUUUUGUCUGGUCGUUCACAGGAACAUAUGAAACUGAGUUCAGAUGCAUUGUAUUUGUGGUUAAGUCUCUUAGGAGGAACUGAACUUUUCAAAGUAUGAUGCUUUAUGAAAUAUCUUGAUGAAAGCAAAGGACUUUGUCUCAA